AUGCUGCUAGGUCAAGACCCAAACCUAUUCGAGGAGUCCGCCAAGCAAAAAGCGAUGUGCAUGUAUCUCAUACAAGAACUAGGGCCCCAGCAAAUCGCUGCUACAGAUAUCUACGGAAACACACCCCUGCACUACCUAGCUAGCGUCACAGCCACAAAUAUCGAGCUCGUAGCCUGGAUGCGGGAGCAAGAAGGUGGCGAUUAUAUCUGGCAUUUAUCCCUCAACGACUGGGGCCAUACGCCAAAAGAUCUGCAGGAAGACGCCGAAGCCGCUACAAGAAGGGCUUGA